AUGGUGAAAUGGAAGGACGUUACGCCCGUGGCAGGGACGCACAUGCUCAUGGACUCUCGCAACCCCGCAGCGGGAGGCCUCAUGGGGUUGGAGGAGAUUGACCCGACGGAGUUUGCGGGAAUGGAGAUUGACCCGGCGGAGUUUGAGGGAUUGGUGACUGGCGGAGCGAUAGAGGGCGGAGAGAAGGGGGGUGGAGAGAUGGAGGGCGGAGAGUUUGAGGAGGGCGGAGAUAUGGAAGCGGGGGAAGAAUUGGGGGAAGGGGAAACAGAAGAAGCAGAGGUGGCAGUUGGAGACGGGGAUGGGGAUUUGGUGGAGGCGAAUGGGGGAGAUGGUGGAAGUGGGUUGGGGGACGCGGGAGCAGGGGACAGGGUUUUAGAUGGGAGUUUGACGGAGGAGGGGGAGGGGAAGGGGAAGAUGAGCAAGAGCAAGAGGCGGAAGAUGCAAAGGAAGCAGCUGAAAACGGCUUUGAAGCGAGGGGAGCGGGCUGAGAGGCACAAGGGCGCAGGAGAGAAGCAAGCAAAGGGUAAGGAGGAGGGAGAGGAGGGAGACGAGGAGGAGGGGGAGGAGCGAGAAGAGGGGGAGGAGAGGGAGGAGGGAGAGGAGGGAGAGGAGGGAGAAGAGGAGGAAGGGGAGGAGGGAGAGGAAGAUGGGGAGAGUGAUGGGGAGGGGACGGGAGGAGAAGCAGUGGAGGAGAGAGAAGGAGCAGCGGGAAAAGGCGAGGAGAGAGAAGGGGACAUAGACAUGCCGGAAUGGGACCCCCUCCGUCUGCACCCCCUCAUUCUCCGCGCCAUACAUGACCUGGGUUUCACCUCCCCCACGCCCAUCCAGCGCGCCUGCAUCCCCGCUGCUGCGUCCCGGGGGAGGGACGUUGAGGGGGCGGCUGAAACUGGGUCGGGUAAGACCCUCGCGUUCGCGAUUCCGAUCCUGCAGCGGUUGCUGGAUGAGCGGGAGAAGGAGAGACGGUUGCAGGACGGGGGAGGGGCGUGGGGGGAAGAAGGGGAAGGGGAAGGGGAGGAUGCGGGAGGAGAAGGGGAAGGGGAGGGGGGUGAUAGGGCUGGGGAGGAGCAGAGCAGGGAAGGGGAGGGGGGAGGGGAGGGGGAUAAAGAAGGGGAAGAGGAGGGGGAAGGGAAGACGGGGGGAAAGGCGGCGGGCGGCGGGGUUCGGAAGAGAGUGAGGGGGCCGCUGCGGGCGCUGAUCAUCACGCCCACGCGCGAGCUGGCGCUGCAGAUCGUAUCGCACAUAAAAGACGCGGCCCGCCACACGGGCAUCCACGUGGCCGGCAUUGUGGGCGGCAUGGCGGAGGUGAAGCAGAAACGGGUGCUGAGCCUCGGCCCGCAGAUUGUGGUCGGCACGCCCGGGCGGCUGUGGGAGCUCAUGAGCCAAGGGGAGGCGCACCUGGUGCAGCUCGAGUAUCUCUCCUUUCUCGUUCUUGACGAGGCUGACCGCAUGGCCGACCCAGGAAGGUUCAAGGAGCUUUCGUCCAUCUUGGGGAUGUUGCCCCCCACUGCUGCUUCUCUUGCUGCUGCCAAGGCGAAGGAGGCUGCUUUGGCAGCUAGAGACGCUGCUCGGGCAGCCAAAAAGGCAGCUCGGGCAGCUAAAAUUGCCGAGGAGAGGGACGCGGCACGAGGAAAGAAAGGAAAGGGGAAAGCGGGGAUGGAAAAGGCUGAAAAGGAAGGGAAAGGAGAGGAAGAGGAGGAGGAGAAGGAGGAGAAAGAGGAGGAGAUUAACGCGGAGAGGGGAGGAGAAGAAGGAGAAGAAGGUAGGGAGGAUGGGGAGGAGGGAGAAGUGGGAGAAGAGGGAGAAGCAGGAGAAGAAGGAGGAGGAGAGGACGUGUUUACUCUUCAGCCACCCACCCUGGCGAAAAAGAAGCGGCAAGUUCUGGUCUUCUCCGCAACCCUCGUUCUGCCCGAAGACACGCGCGGGCAGCUGCAAGGAAAAAAGCGAACGCCAGGAGGACCCGGGGCAGCAGAUAGACGAACCGGGAGGAAGAGAGAGAGGGAGGGAGCGCAGGGGGGAGAGGGAGGGGAGGAGGAUGAGGGGGAGAAGGAGAGGGAGAAGGGGUUGGAGAGGGAUAGGGUGGUGGCGGCACUUAUGGAGCUGACUGGCAUGCGCCCGUCCCCUGCCAUUGUGGAUCUCACCACGGCUGAUGUGGUGGCCAGUGGCGUGCAGGAGGCUGCUCUAGAGUGUGACGACAGCAUGAGGGACGUGUUUCUCCUCUACCUGCUCCGCAUGCACGGCACCUUUGGUCGCACGCUUGUUUUCUGCUCCGCCAUCUCCUCCGUCCGCCGCCUCGCCUCCCUGCUGUCCCUCCUGCAAGUGCCCUCCUUCCCUCUGCACGCACAGCAGCAGCAGCGGCAGCGUCUCAAGGCGUUGGACCGCUUCAAGCAGCAUCCAAGCGGCGUGCUCGUGGCGACAGACGUGGCAGCGAGAGGACUCGACGUUCCCGAGGUGCGUUUGGUGGUGCACUACCAGCUACCCCACACCGCAGAGGGGUACGUGCAUCGCUGCGGCCGCACGGCCCGAGGGGCUGCUUCAGAGGGAUGCUCCGUGGCUCUGGUGACACCAAAAGACUCCAUCAAGUACUCUUCGCUGCUGCGGAAACUCAAUAAGUCCGGCGCUCUCCCCACGUUCCCGGUCGACCAUAACUACCUCCCCAACCUCAAGCAAUGCGUGAGCCUGGCUUUAAGUGUCGACACUCUUUCCCGCAAGCACUCCAAGGAGAAGGCGGAAACUUCCUGGAAGCAGCGGGCUUCCAAGGCGGUGCAGGUGAAUCUGGAGGAGAGGGGUGCUGACGUGGCAGGAGGGGAGGAGGAGGAUGAGGAUGAGGAGGGGGGAGGAGAGGAGGAGAGUGAGGAGGAGGAUUUCGAUGAUUUCGACGAGGCAGGAGGGGAGAGUGACGACGAGGGGGAGAGGGGAGGGCGAGUGAAGAAGAGCAAGAAACAACAGCAGCGGGAGGAGGAGGAGGAGCGGAGGAGCAAGAGGAGGCGAGGGGGGGCACGAGGCGGGGAGGAGGAGGAGGAGGAAGGGGAUGUGGAUCGAGGGGUGGAUGUGAGGCGGUUGGUGGGGAGAGGGGAGAAGCGUGGGUGGGAGGGGCCUGGGGAAACAGGGGAGGAUGGAAGGCAGCAAUUGAAGCAAGAGACAAUAGAGCUGCAGAGGAUGAAAGAGGCACUGAAGCAAGCAGUCUCGCAGCCCCUCAGACCCACCAACCUGCGCUCACUCAUCUCUGCUUCCGGCAUGACAACCGAGCUGGCCAAUCAGCUGCGAGCAACUCCAUCCGCUGCUGCCACGUCAGCAGCAGCAGGCACCCCUGGGAACUCCCAGCACCUCUCCAAUCCCUUUGUUUCCCUGGCAACAGCUAGAGCGGGGAAGCAGUGGGGUGCAGGGGGGAUGCAGGGAGGGGGGGAGCGAGGUGGGGGGCGAGGGGGCAGGCAUGGGGGAAGGGGAGGGGGGAGUGGUGGGGGGAGAGGAGGAGGGGGAAGGGGAGGGGCAUGGCAGCAGCAGAGGGGAGGUGGGGGAGGGGGGAGGGGUGGUGGGGGAAUGAGAGGGAGAGGGGGCAGGGGAAUGGGCAGGGGUGGGGGGAGAGGAGCACAGGCACCUGGCAGGGGGAGUGGUGGGAGAGGGGGGGGAUGGGGAGGGGGAAGGGGAACUGGGGGUGGGGGAGCAGUGGGGGGAGGAGGUGGGGCAGGGAGGAUGGCGGGAGUGGUGGGGUCAAAGCAAGCAGAUGCUGUCACUGCACUGAAGCGGGCACGUGGAGGGAAAGUAGCCCGCAGGUGA